CUCGCGCCGCCCGGGUCGCGGCCGUUACUGGUGGCGCGCGCGGGGACUCAAACUAGAUCAUGGAGGACACCCAGGUGAUUAACUGGGGUGUUGAAGAAGAGGAGGAGACAGAGAAAUCCAGUGAAUCUGUGCGGUGCACCUUGGAGCCCCUGGGACGACUACAUAUUUUCAGCAGUGCCCACGGACCAGAAAAAGAUUUCCCGCUCUACCUUGGGGAGAAUGUGGUAGGCCGAAUGCCUGACUGCUCUGUGGCCCUGCCUUAUCCAUCCAUCUCUAAACAACAUGCAGUGAUUGAGAUCUUGGCCUGCAACAAGGCCCCUGUCCUCCGGGAUUGUGGGAGCCUCAAUGGCACGCAGAUCCUGAGGCCUCCUACAGCCCUGAGCCCCGGGGCGAGGCAUCGUCUCCGGGACCAGGACUUGAUUCUCUUUGCUGACUUGCCCUGCCAGUACCAUCGCCUGGAUGCCCCCCUGCCUUAUGCCUCCCGGGGCCCUCUAACUAUAGAGGAGACACCCAGGGUCCAGGGAGAAAUGCGACCCAAGGGGCUUCUGUUGGCUGAGGACUCGGAGGAAGAAGUAGAUUCUGAAAGCACCAGGGACAAAGUAUCAAGGACCACGUUCUCCCCUGUCCCGACAGUAGUCCCAGAGAGUGAUGAAGAGGGGGCUUCCUUAGCCUUCAAUUUAGACAGUGACACAGAUGACGAGGAGGGGCAGCGGCGAGUAACAAGGCAGGCUGCCUCGGAUGCCAACAGAGGCACUCCUGCCGAGGCAGAGUGGCCUGGGGCUGAUGAGGCGGCUGGGGUCGCAGGGGCACGCCACUUUGACCAGCAUCGGCCUUCAGGGAAGACAAGAGCCCGUGCUGUAAGGGUUGAGAGCGAUGCAGGCAAGGCGGUGGCUCCAGUCAGAGUGAUUCCGGAGAGAAGCCAUCCAGCUGGGGAGGACAGUGACACAGAUGUGGAUGAGGACAGCAGGCCUCCGGGAAGGCCACCUGAGUGCCCUUUGGAAAGGGGCCAGCCCUCCGACUUCAUCGACAGUGAUACUGAUGUGGAAGAAGAGGGGAUCCCUGCGACCCCAGUUGUAGUUCCGAUGAAGAGGAAGCAGAUCUUCUAUGGGGUUGAUAAGCCUGGUCCUGGGGUAUCCGCCUUGGCACGUCUGCAGAAGAGCCAGGCUGGUGGUAAUGCAGAUGGGGGGGAGCAGGGUGAGGCUCCACUGGCAGUCCCUCUGGAGAGAAGCCAGGAAGGCUCAAUAGUGGUGAACAGCGAUACGGAUGACGAGGAAGAAGUCCUGGCGGCACUCACCUUGGCACGUCUUAAAGAGAGCCUGGUUACGACAAACCCCAGAGGCACAGAUGUGGAAGAAACCAGGGCCCUGCCUGUGAUCCCUCUGGAGCACAACCAGACCUCCGCUGGGAGAGACAGCGACACAGAUGCGGAGGAGGACAGGCACCCAGGGGAAAAGCGACAGGCUCUCCCUGAGGAUGGAUCCCUUGUUGUUGCACAUUCAGAAAAGAGCCAACCUCCUAGCAGGGGUGGUGACAGAGACGUGGGAGAAAGGCACUCACUUGGAGCCCACCUGCAGAGAGGACAAGCCUCCACCACAGUGGACACCAACCCAGGAACAGAGGAGAAAGUUACGCCGCAGGUACCUGUGAAAGGGAUAGCUCCAACAGGCAGGGGAGCCGAAGGGAGCCCAGCCAAGAUGCCUAUAGGGCACACAGAGGAAGAAGAAGCCCACCCUUUUACAGCCUCAGAGUUGGCACAUGUAAGAAAGAUCCAACUCCCGGCAAAAGGGCAUGGUGGAACAGAGUGGGCUGCAACUGUUCUUGAGCAAGAGAGAGUUCUUGGGGCCAGCACCCAGGAUGGGGCGCCUGUGGCCCAAGUGAAGCAGGACCUAGUGGUGGACACAGGCACUCCAGGGGAUCCCUCCCAGCCACACAGAGAGGGAGCCCCACAUGAGGGCGGGACUCAAGAGUCUAAAGACAGCCCUGACGAUUCUGAAGAUCUGUACCUACAAGCUACCCAGUGCUUUGUGGACCAAGGGAUUACGAGCGUAGGAGCCAUCCAGAGUGUGGAGGAAGAACCUACCCAGGACUUCCUGAGUAUGCCACGCCAAGAAGAACCUGGCCCUUCCUGUUACAGUUCUGAGACCCCAGGUACUCCGGAUGAGCCGUGGGAACUCUUACCUACACAGCCAUUCUGUCCAAGAGCACCAGAGGCCUCAGAGACUCCCCUUGAGGCCCAUGGAAAUUGUCCCCCCUUCCCAUCUGGUGGGGCAAGUCCACUAGACCAGCAUCCAGAGAGCCCAGUUCAUCACACAGAGUCACUGGGAACUCAAGGCCAAGAGGUGCCGGCUGAGCAGGAAAAGCUGGGUGCCCCAAGAAGAACAACAGGAAGGGUGUCCCCUGAGACAAAGCCCUUGGAGAGGGGGACUGAGGAACCGCUACCAGAAGGAGAGCGAGAAGAUGGGACCGCAAAGGAAGACUUAGCCAGGGGGCUGCUGAAUAGAGGACAAAGACAGGUGUUAGCUAGAGCUCCUCAGAGCCUAGAGUCCGAAGCGAAGGUGAAGCGUGCACAUGCCGAAAGGGCUGGGAAUCGUUUGGAGGUAGAAAUGGGGACAUCCGUGGAAAUGCAAGAGACAGAAUUAGAGAGGCAGGCCCUUGCAAGAGGAAUGUUUGAGAGAGAAGCCGAAAGACCAGCACCAGAGAGCGCGAAGGAGUUAGCAGGGACAGACGUCACGGAACCCACAGGGCUACUGGAAGACCUAGGCGCACACAGCAGGGAGACCCAGGGUGGAGGCCAGGACCGGAGAGGGCGGCCCUCACAUCCAACACCAGUAGCUUCUGGCAGCCAGUCGGGUAGAAGAAGGGUAGCCCCAAUGAGACCCAGAAGGCAGCAGAGAGGCAGCAUGAAUUCCAAGAUGCCGCCUGCUGGGAAGCCUGCCAGGGGUGAACAGGAAUCUCCAUCAGUGCCUGAAGCCUCAGCCAGACCCCCAGACCCCCUUAUCCCUCAGAGCCCGAAAUGUCCUGUACCUCAGUCCCCCCUUUCCCCCACUCGGUCUUUGGAGGCUCCUCUGCCUAGGACCAGGCAAAAAAAGAGCAUAAACACACUAGAGGCUCCAUUGCCCCCAGAGCUAGAGCCUCUGGACCCAAAGUCUAAAGUCAGAGCCCGGGGAUUGUCUAGGGCCAAACCUUCAGUGUCCUCUACUGCCCAUGAGCCGCCCCCUCCUACCCACAUAGACCAGCCUGUCACCCCCAAGCCUACAUCUGAGGCCAUUUGGGGCAGGACACAUAGGUCCUCUGUCGGGACCUGUGAACCAGUUGGGCCCAUAGCCCCUGAGGCCCAGUGUCCCACUUCCACAGACCAGCCUCUCAUUCCUGGGGCCCUGUCUCAGGCCAUGGGCAGGACACGGCGGUCCUCUGCCAGGACUCUCGGGCCAGUUGGGCCCACAGCCCCUGAGCUCCAGCCUUCCACUUCCACAGACCAACCUGUCACCCCCAAGCCCACAGCUCGGGCCACUAGGAACAGAACACAGAGGUCCUCUGUCAAAACCCCUGAACCAGUUGAGGUCCAACUUCCCAUCUCCACAGACCAGCCUGUCACCCCCAAACCCACAGCUCGGGCCACUAGGAGCAGAACACAGAGGUCCUCUGUCAAAAUCCCUGAACCAAUCGAGGCCCAACUUCCCAUCUCCACAGACCAGCCUGUCACCCCUGAGGCAUCACAGGCCACUCGGGGCAAGACAUGUAGGUCUGUCAAGACUCCUGAACCAAUUGAACCCACAGCCCCUAAGCGCCAGGCUUCUCCUGCAGACCAGCCUGUCGUCUCCAGGCCCACUCAGAGCAGGGCAUGUAGGUCUUCUAUUAUGACCCCUGAACCAAUUAUCCCCCAGACCCCUGAGCUCCAGCCUUCCACCAUUAUACAUGACCCUCUGACCCCCAACUCCACAUCUCGUGCUAUUCAAGGCAGGACAAGCAGAUCUGGUAAGACCCUUGGACCAACUGAGCCCACAGCCCCUGACUUCCAGCCUCCUGCCCCAACAGACCAGCCUGUCACCCCCAAGCCCACAGCUCGGGCCACUAGGAGCAGGACACAGAGGUCCUCUGUCACGAUUUCUGAACUCAUUGGACACACAGCACAUGAACUCCAGUCUGUCCCCUCAAAAGACCCGUGUGUCAUCCCCAAGCCCACCUCUCAGGCCAGAGUGCAUAGGUCCUCUGCCAAGGCCCCCGGAUUGCCUGAUCUUGAGCCUCUCAAACCCGCAGAUCAGCCUGUCAACCCUGAGCCCAUAUUAUCCACCACUCGGGGAAGGGCACCCAUGUCUUCUGUCAAGACCCCUGAACCAGUUGUACCCACAGCUGCUGAGCUCCAGCCUCCUAGCCCCAUAGACCAGCCUGUCACCCCCGAGGCCAGCCGUAACAGGAGGCAAAGGGGCGCCAGGAAGCAAGAGUCACUUAAAACAGCUCCCCUUGUCUGUGAGCCCUGUUCCACACCGGCACCUCAAUCCCAGUCUGAGAGUCGCCUAAGACGAGGAGCAGCUGAGUCCCAUAGGCCCAUUCCUGACCCUGCCAGCCCCCAGCUGCUUGAGACACCCACUCGUACUUCCCAGAUCAAAGAGGAGGAAGAGGAAGGUAGUUCUGGGUUGAGCCCAGAGCCCCGGCCUAAAGCCCCUCAAAGCCGCAAGAGAACCUUGCCUACCCUGGAUUCAUCCCCACUUCCAAAACGGCCCCCAAGAGGGCAGUUCCCUCAGCAGACAGAGUUCCUGAAAGAACCACAAAAAGAGACUGCAGGGAAGAAAGAGAAUGUAGUGCUGCCAGGACCAGUCAAGAGGAAGAGAGAGCAGACGGAGGAGGAGCCCAAAGGAACUCAGAGCCGCAGCGUCCGACAGCGACCCAAGCCUAGCCAGCAGUCCACAGCCCCCAGUGUUCUCUUCACAGGCGUGGUGGAUGCGCGGGGAGAGCGGGCUGUGCUGGCCCUGGGCGGAAGUCUGGCCCACUCAGUGACGGAGGCUUCGCACUUGGUCACAGAUCGAAUCCGCCGAACAGUCAAGUUCCUGUGUGCCCUGGGGCGAGGCAUCCCCAUCCUCUCCCUAGACUGGCUGCACCAGUCCCGCAAAGCUGGUUGCUUCCUGCCCCCGGAUGAGUAUAUAGUGACUGAUCCUGAGCAGGAGAAGAACUUUGGCUUCAGCCUUCAGGAUGCCCUGGGCCGGGCUCGGAAGCAAAGGCUGCUGGAGGGCUAUGAGGUUUAUGUGACCCCUGGAGUCCAGCCACCACCACCGCAGAUGGGAGAGAUCAUCAGCUGCUGUGGAGGCACGGUCCUGCCCAGUAUGCCUCGGUCCUACAAGCCUCAGAGAGUAGUAAUCACUUGCUCCCAGGAUUUCCUUCGGUGCUCCAUCCCCCUCCGGGCUGGGCUGCCUGUCCUCUCCCCUGAGUUCCUGUUGACCGGCGUGCUGAAGCAGGAAGCCAACCCAGAGGCCUUCACCUUCUCCCCCGAGAAGCCGGCAGCCACCUGAGAACCCCAGUGCCCUUUGUGCCUCCUCAGCCUGUAAAUAAAGUUUGUGACACAAAUCCUUGAAA